GCAGAAAAAACGCAGAGAGAGAGAGAGAGAGAGAUGAGGACUCCAAGGAACUGGUUCAGCAAAGUUGGAAGGAAACUCCUCAGUCCUUCCCGCAGAAGACGAGACGUUGUUCUCCACUCCAACGCUUCCUCAAGAAGCCAUCACGACGAUUUAACCACAGCAUGCCACAACAUAGUCAUGGACAAUUCGCAGGGCUGCUCACUCCCCUCAAACACGCAGCACGCCGCCGCCCUGAAAAUCCAAGCAACUUUCAGGGGUCAUCUGGCGAGACGGGCAUUUGGGGCGCUGAGGAGCUUGGUGAAGGUGCAGGCAGUGGCUCGUGGGGCCUACGCGAGAAGACAGUCGCAGUUAGCUCUGAACUGCAUGCGCGCCCUUGUUCGCUUACAGGUCCGAAUUAAAGCCAGACAGCUCCUCGGACCAUCCACCACCUGACUACUCAACGCAUGAGAGUUGCAUUUGUGUGGAUUACAUACAUCCCCUCCCCCAAUUGUUAUUAGCUUAGCAAGUCAAUGAGAAAAAAAUUUCCAACCCACUCCACUAGUGAAUGUUGAACAUCAAGAAGCUACCUCAAGGAAAAUAAGACGAGACAAAGCCGGAAAUGCACCAAACCGAAGC